GGAGCAGCGAACCAGACAGUCGAGCAGCGGACGUCGGGAGCGUACGAAGCGGGGCAGCUAAACUCCAGGCUCACUUCGCCCAACACAGUCGCGGUUAGCUAACGAUGAGUCGGACGGGGACGCUGGAUCGGAUGGAGCUGUGUGGAAGCCUCCUGACGUGGAUCCAGACAUUCGGAGUGGAGGCUCCAUGUAAGACAGUGGAUGACUUGACGAGUGGCAUCGUCAUGGCCCAAGCUCUACAGAAAAUAGAUAUAGUGUAUUUCAGUGACGCCUGGAUUGGUAGAAUCAAACCAGAUGUCGGGGACAACUGGAGGUUAAAGAUCAGCAAUCUAAAGAAAAUUUUGAAAGGCGUCCUCGACUAUAACCAGGAGAUCCUAGGCCAGCACAUUAAUGACUUCACACUACCAGAUGUCAACCUCAUCGGAGAACACUCUGACCCAGCAGAGCUUGGGAGGAUGCUGCAGCUCAUACUGGGCUGUGCUGUCAACUGUGAGCAGAAACAAGAAUACAUCCAGACCAUAAUGAUGAUGGAGGAGUCGGUGCAGCACGUUGUCAUGACAGCCAUCCAAGAGCUGAUGAGUAAAGAGACUCCGGUGACGGGAGGAAAUGAAUCGUAUCAGGAUCUAGACAGACAGCUGAAAAAAACAGCUGAGGAGCUGAACGAUGCUUUGUCUACGAAGGAAGAGAUCUCCCAGAGGUGUCGUGAGCUGGACAUGCAGGUGGCAGCGCUGCAAGAGGAGAAGAGCAGUUUACUCGCAGAAAACCAGGUCAUGAUGGAGAGACUCAACCAGUCGGACUCCAUAGAGGACAUCAACAGCCCAGCUGGACGCAGACACCUCCAGCUGCAGACACAACUCGAGCAACUACAGGAAGAGACGUUCAGGUUGGAAGCGGCAAAAGACGACUACAGGAUCCGGUGUGAGGAGCUUGAUAAAGAACUGAUGGAUGUAAAGUCCCAGAAUGAAGAGCUUGUGUCACUGGCUGAUGAAGCCCAGUCUCUUAAGGAUGAGAUGGAUGUUCUUCGGCAUUCAUCAGACAAAGUGUCCAAACUGGAGGGGACAGUGGAACACUACAAGAAGAAGCUGGAGGACAUGGGACUUCUGAGGAGACAGAAUAAGCUGAUGGAGGAGAAGAACACAGUGUUGAUGCAGACCAACGUCGGUUUGGAAGAAGAGCUACGAAAGGCAAAUGCCACCAAGGGCCAGCUGGAGACGUACAAGAGACAGGUGGUUGAACUUCAGAACAGACUGUCGGAAGAAUCUAAAAAAGCCGACAAGAUGGAGUUUGAGUACAAACGUGUCAAAGAGAAAGUGGACUCCCUACAAAAAGAAAAAGAUCGUAUGCGGACGGAGAGAGACUCGCUGAAGGAGACGAUUGAGGAGCUGCACUGUGUCCAGGCUCAGGAGGGACAGCUUACAUCUAGUCUCUUCCCAUUGGUCAGCAACGACGGCUCAGAUUCGCUGGCUGCUGAGAUCACAACCCCAGAGAUUCGAGAACAUUUGAUUCGUCUUCAGCAUGAGAACAAGAUGCUGAAGUUGGCCCAGGAGGGAUCAGACAACGAGAAGAUCACUCUGCUGCAGAGUCUACUGGAGGACGCCAACAGAAGAAAGAACGAGCUGGAGACGGAGAACAGAUUAAUCAAUCAGCGCUUGAUGGAGGAACAGGGUCAGGUGGAGGAGCUGCAAAAGUCUCUUGAGGAACAGGGCUCACAAGCAGAUGAUUCUUCCAUUCUGAAAAAGAAAUAUGAGCAGCACAUGGAGAAAGUACGAGACCUGAACAAUGAGUUACUGAAGAAAAACACCUUCAUCGAUGAAAUGGAGCCUAAAUACAACGCCAGCAGCCAGCGGGUGGAUGAUCUGGAAGAGGCCUUGAAAAAGAAAGAUGAAGACAUGAAGCAGAUGGAGGAGAGAUAUAAGAAAUACCUGGAAAAAGCCAAGAGUGUGAUCCGGACCCUGGACCCCAAACAAAACCAGGGUUCGGGUCCUGAGGUCCAGGCCCUGAAGAACCAGCUGCAGGAGAAGGAGAGGAUGUUACACUCACUGGAGAAGGAGAUGGACAAGACAAAGACCCAGAGAGAUUACGAGGAGAAACUGAUUGUGUCAGCCUGGUACAAUAUGGGCAUGACUAUUCAGAAGAAGGCGGCUGAGGACCGACUUGCUAACACCGGCUCCGGUCAGUCCUUCCUGGCCCGGCAGAGACAAGCCACCAGCUCCCGCCGCUCCUAUCCCGGCCACGUCCAGCCAGCUACCUCAAGGUAGAAAGGCAACGGGGGCAGAAACAGUACCGCGACAAACUACCUUUCAGAUCCGCUGAACUUCGCUGAGGCUCACUAUCUCCGUUCAGUUCUUGUUUUUCCUCCUUUCUGUCAAUUGAUUGUUUUCUUUCCCUUCUUGAUCAGAUCCACGAGGUAGAGAUCCCGGGAGCUCCCCAAAACUUGCACCUCUUUUCCCUCCUGACUAAGCAUAUUUUACUCCACUGAUCCCAGGCUUCUACCAUUUUUGAACCCCCAUCAUAUUCAAUAGGGUCUGACCACACCUCAACCCCCCCUCUUUCUCCCUUUCAACCACUGACCUUCUUCAACCUGUACUCUGUGGCAAACCUUUGGGUUGAGAGGAGUUGCACCUCCUCCGUCAUUUCUGUUGGGAGGAACCGCUCUACCUGUUCAUGCAGUAUUUAUGCACAUCUCUACCUGUGACAACAUUUGAGGCUCAUCUUGUCUUUUGAAACCGAGUUGGCAGAUUUUCUGUUCCAUGUUAUCUGUUUUUUAACUCUUGUGAUGUAGCUUUAAGAAGCUAACAGCAAAUAUCAGUCCCACGUGUCCAUGUUUCGUUUGCUUUGUUUCAGAAGGUUGCUCCUUUGUUUUAUCAUUGUGUUAUAGAGCAACACAUGCACAGAUGCAUAGGAAGAUGUGUGGUUAUCUCAUGCAAAUGUUUAAUUUGAUUUUAACAUUUUCUGAUUGAUUUCUAAUGAGACUACGUGGUUUGAAAAACAAAACGCAGGUUGUCUUGUUACAGACGUAAUUGUGAAAGGAUUAUUUUUCUCCCGAGGGGAAAAGAAGGAAAGUUGUUUGAGAAGGUUCAAUCCAGGGCUCAGUAGAGAUCAGUGUGUUAACUGUGUUUACGGCUUCUCGUUGUGUGAGGAGCCGACGUCCAGCAAAGUGAGAAAUGCUUCUGUUCACAUGUAUUUAUCAUUACCAGCAUUUACCAGGUUGUCUCAGACAACACCUUGUGUGCCAUAGUGUAUUGUCCUCGACACACGGCCGGCUUCCCCUCAUACAUAGGAAGACGUGUGUUCAAAGGAAAAUCUCGUCGUGAGGUUAAACAGAUUGUGAAUUUCAGAUCCUCGUACUGUCCGGUUGAAACAGGAUUUAUAUUAUAAAUCUCCCUUGAUGCCAAUAAGUCACCAAAGAGAAGGUGUUUAAACCAUAUUGCACAGGAGAGCUACUUUCCAUAUCAUCUUAGAAUCAUUGUUAUAGUAGAAAAGGUUUUUUCAUGGUGGGGUGCUGUGGAAGUCAUAAGUUUUUGACCUUAUGGUCUAAAGCUCUUUUCUACGUGUAUUGCACAGAUUCGUCAUCCCAAAUUAUUUGUAUGCGUUUUUUUUGGUUUCCAUAUCGUGUUCAAAAAGACGUCAACACACUCAUUCGCUAGCUGUGAAUGUUCAGGACAUUCUCCUGCUGCGUUGUCACCUGGGUUCACUCAGACACUCUCCUGACAUUUUAUCAGGGGGCUGGUAAGUUCCUCUGAAAGUCCGGAGCAACCGACUCUGACGUUCUCACGAACAGCCCCUCUGGAGAAUUCCAGGAAAGUGUCCAGUGCCUGUCUGAAAACAUGUAAAGUGUGUUGUAGCCCUCCCCGCCCUGUAACCUGUUGUCGUCUGUUGUUAUUAACUUUACGGACCUGCUGAGGUGUUGACUCUAGCUGCUGUCUUCUGACUGUCAUGUCUCUCUCUCUCCUCCUUUAACAGCAAUGUCACUGCAUGACCGCUGCACCACUGACCUGGCCGAGCGAGCGCCGUGUGGCCGAGCUGUAGGCAGAGGCUCUCGAUGCAUGAACCCCCCGCCCGCCUGCCGUUUGCAUGACUUUGCAUUGACUCCAGCCUGCAAAUAACCAGCACCGCAGCAUGAGCACUAACAAACCCCCCCCACUCUGCAGUGUCAUGCGUUGUAACCUUCAACACGAGCCGGAGGAGGGAUGUGGUCGGAACAACGAAAAAACCAUCACCCUCCUUCCCCAGUUCAACGUUUUCCACCCUUCCGGCAAAUGCUCCCUCGCUCCUCUUGUUUCCCUGCUCUCUGUUAUCCUCUCCAUCACCCCCCCCCCCCCCCCCCUCUCUCUACUUACUCCUCAUGAAACAUGUCUGCUUGUGCUUCAACACCACAUCAAGUCUGUUACUAUCCAACCAACAGUAUGUUACAACCGCGGAGGAAAGUCUGAGAAUGACCCAUUUGCUUCGAUAGACCUUCUCUGUGGUGCUUGUGUGAGACUCGAGCUGCUUCAGGAAACCUCAGUGACAUUUCUCCACACAUGUCUGUUUUUGAUUUACGUGGUCGGGGGACUGUUGGCUCCUGUGAGAAGCAGUCGGGAGGUGUAGCCUGCAGAUGAGUCUGCAAAAACAAAAACAAAACAAAAAAGAGAAACCAGCUUUCCCCCCUUUUCGAGUGUGGAUCUCCUGCAGUGGUUCUGCCUGGUUCUCCUCAUCACGCUGCCAGAUCUUAGAAAGUGCUUUUACCACAAGUAUUACGGGAGUAGAACAAGUUGUGGACUAAAGGAGAGCUCACGGGGCAUUAGUGGUUUGCCCUCGAGGCCUUUGGACAGUUUGCAGUAGGAGCAUAGGAUGGAAAAAUGAGUUUUUAAAUGAAUAACAUUGUUACAGAUCUGCUUGUGUACAUGGAAAAGCCCCCAUUAAGCCCACUUUGAAUCUUUUUUAGCUGUUAUUUAAUGUCAGUGUAACAUCUGUCACUCCAUCAAACGCAGGUUUUUAAUACACAUCGAUGCAUCACUUCUACCUGCUUGGUUGUUACUCAUCUUGUAGGACGGUGGUGCAUUCUGUCUCACUUUUAAUGCACUUUUCAUUGAAAACUAAAUUCUAAUAUGGUAGAAAAAAUAAAGGACACACAACUGUACGUUAGCUCAUGCAGGCUAAUGUGGAGGACGUUCAUUGAGUUGGAUUGAAAGGGCUUAGCAGGUAAAAGGCGUCACAGAGGGAAAACAAGUUUUGGCAUUAAUUCUCAACGGAGGAUAAUCACAGUUUGAACAUGCAGCGGUGACCACAAAGCAAAAAUACUCACAUUUUCCCUCAAUAUUAACAUCACUAACACUGACACUUAAUUUGGUGUAGCUGUAAAUCAUACUGUACAUUUUGUGUAGCUUUUAACAAAAAAAAAAAACAGUCUUAUUUAAAUUUUAUAUUCCGAGCGUGUGUUGAUAAAAGGGUUGAAAAGACUCAAACCCCUGGACCUGAGGAUAUGUGCAUAUUACAGGUAUAAGUGCAGAUAUAUAUCGAACGCUCCGAUUUAGUGCCUUUUUUGUAAAAUAAGAAAUGAAAAAAGACUUUGUGGUCUUCUUAGGACAACGGGCGUGUUGCCUUUUUUAAAGACCAGUGUUAUUGUGUUGUUUUGAAAAGAGUAAAAAAAAAAAAAUCUUGAUCGGCUUAAAUCUCACCUGCAUGAUAAACAUCUUGUAUUGUUUAGAUUAAGUGGGUUUAAUGAGGGCUUUCUCUGUUUUUAACCUAUUUUACUGCUAAUUGUCUUAUUCUGUAACCGGAUUAAUUCAUUCUGUGCAUUUUUAUCUCAAUUGCCUAUUUAUUCUUUUUGCUGCGUGUACAGCAAAGGUGGUUUAGUUUUUUUCUGUUAGUAUUAUUAAUAUCUCACCGCUCACACUGUUACAAUGGAUUUCCAUACGACAUCAAAACACUAUUAAAUACUUGUCUUAUGCAACACAGGGAGGAGAAGACUUGUACUAGUUCAGUGUUUUGUCUCCUUCUAAUAUUUAAAAUGACACAAACUGCUUAUUUUCACCUCCGGUCGUUUCUGGGAGAGAAGUUUCCUAGAAAAUACGGUGCUCUCGAAGAAACUUGUUUGAAAACGAAUGUUUCCUCAUCAACAAAACAAGCACAUUCAACAUGUUUCAUCCACUGAAGUGUUAGUGAACUUACUGUGACCCUGUAAACAAUUACCAGUGUUUUCAGUGGCUGCAACAACAACAACAACAAAGACCCGGGUCUUGUUUGUGAGGAGAAGUGUUUCUUAAAAUGUUACGGAUGCAUGUGUUACUGCGUGAAAUCAAAGAAUCGUGAUUUAAACAGAUCAGAUUUCAUAUCAAAUAAAUGACUAUCCCAGAAGUGUUUUCAGUAUAAGUUGAUAUGCAAAAAAUGAAAGUGUUUUUCUUGCGAUGUUCCCUCGUCUCUGAUUGUGUCUUGUGUUUUGUAAACCAUGCUGCAGUUUGAGCUGUAAUAUUAUGUCCUAUUACAUCCUGACCGUCCAUCCCCAUUGGUUUGUUAUGAAAUCUGUAUAUAAUGGAACACAUGUACUGUUUGGUCGUAUCAGGGAUGGUGGGGAAACAUUUUGUUUUGUUAUUUAAUAUCUCACACAAUGUGUUAUCCCGUUAUUUCCCUUUAAAUCAGCCACUGUCUGUGUUGCUUUUGUGUCUUGUGUGUAUUUUUAUUAAGAUUACCCCGAUGCAAAUAAUGAGUUAGUGGUUAGACAAGAAAGUUACUGUCCUAUAACCAGAGAAAUGUUUUAAAAAAACAUUUUGGAGACCUUAUUAAUGCCACAUUUCUCCUCACAGAAUGUGAUUUUAAGCUAUAACUUAAAAAUCCAUCUUCAUUAGUCACAUGUCGGAACAGAACGAGGAUUGCAGUUUUCCAAAACCUGUAAUGUUUAAACUCAUAAAAAAAAUAAGUAACCAGUAUUUUCCAGUGUUAUUUGACUGCUAACUGAAUUGUGGGCCAGUCAAAAAGUCUGAAACGGAGACAACACAAGACUGUUCCCAGGUCAGUCUCAUCCAGACGUUUGCAGUGUUUGCUUCUUUUUUAUUUUUUUCUCAUGUUUUCUUUACCGACGUAGCAGAUAACCUUCCAUUUGCCAAGUUUUUAUAUUGCUCUUAUACAAACACACGUGUACAUACUUUAUGUGACGGUGGUAGAGGAAGUGUCGGGCUGAAAAUAACUGGUGUCUUGGUUGAUGGAUUUCAUUCAGCAUCUGUCCCACGAGGACCAAUCGAUGUGCUUCCCUACGCUGCCAAAACUUGGAAAUGACAUUGUAAAUAAAGCUUGUAUAAAACAG